GUAGAGCGGCUGGUUAUCCGGGGAUAUCUCACCGCUGCUGUUUCUCCUCAGACUAACGUUAGCGCUCUCUCCUUUUUAGCGGAUUGGCACAACAGGGUAGGAUUACUAGGAGGAAUAAAAGCAUUACCAAAAAUGGCAGAGCUUGGAGCGGGGAGCCUGCUAACCGGAGAUCCUGCUUUUAAUUAUCAAGAGCAUGAGCUAAACGAGCGUUUGAAGCGGCUGUACCCGGCCGUGAAUGAGGAAGAGACCCCCUUACCCCGAUCGUGGAGCCCCAAGGAUAAGUACAGCUACAUCGGGCUCUCACAGAACAAUCUGCGGGUGCAUUACAAAGGCCACGGAAAAAACCAUAAGGAUGCAGCGUCUGUCCGGGCCACCCAUCCCAUCCCUGCCGCUUGUGGCAUCUACUACUUUGAGGUGAAGAUCGUGAGCAAAGGAAGAGAUGGGUAUAUGGGAAUAGGACUGUCUGCCCAGGGGGUGAACAUGAACAGACUGCCCGGUUGGGACAAGCACUCCUAUGGUUAUCAUGGUGACGACGGACACUCCUUUUGCUCCUCAGGGACUGGCCAACCGUAUGGGCCAACCUUCACAACGGGUGAUGUUAUUGGCUGCUGCGUAAACCUUAUCAAUAACACAUGCUUUUACACCAAGAAUGGACACAGUUUAGGUGUGGCGUUCACAGAUCUCCCGCCUAACCUGUACCCUACAGUAGGGCUACAGACACCAGGAGAGAUAGUAGAUGCUAAUUUCGGCCAACAGCCUUUUGUGUUUGACAUUGAAGACUACAUGAGUGAAUGGAGAGCUAAGAUCCACAGCAUGAUCGCUCGGUUCCCUAUCGGAGAAAGACUGGGAGACUGGCAGACAGUCCUACAGAACAUGGUGUCCAGCUACCUGGUGCAUCAUGGGUAUUGUGCCACAGCGAUGGCCUUUGCCAGAACCACAGAGACCAUGAUUCAAGAGGACCAAACCUCAAUAAAAAACAGACAGAGAAUACAGAAGCUCGUAUUGGCAGGACGUGUUGGAGAAGCUAUUGAGGCUACACAACAAUUGUACCCUGGACUGCUAGAACAAAACCCAAAUUUACUCUUCAUGUUAAAGUGUCGGCAGUUCGUGGAGAUGGUGAACGGUACAGACAGUGAGGUACGGUGCUUUAGUGUUCGCUCUCCUAAAUCCCAGGACAGCUACCCCGGCUCCCCCAACCUGAGCCCGCGGCACGGAGCUAGUACCAACACUCACUUGCACAACACAGGAGCAGACAGUCCCACAUGCAGUAACGGGGUCACCCCUCCUAACAAAAAUAAGAGUCACAACAAAUACACAGGUGUAAGCUCCGCCUCCUCUUCUCCAUCCUCCUCCCCGUCCUCCGUCAAUUACUCAGAGUCAAACUCCACUGACUCCACCAAGUCGCAGCCCCACAGCGCCACCAGCAACCAGGAGACCAGUGACAGUGAGAUGGAGAUUGAGGCAGAACACUACAGCAACGGCGUGGCAGACAGCUCGACUCGAAUUAUGAAUGGAACAUAUAAACAUCAGGAGAUCCUGCAGGCGGAUGACAGCAGCGUUGGCAAUGGAGUAGCAGAUGACGGCUGCAGCUCCAGACAGCUGUGUGGCGGAAACCAGGCAGCCACAGAGAGGAUGAUCCAGUUUGGCAGAGAACUUCAGGCCCUCAGCGAACAGCUCUGUCGCCAGUACGGCAAGAACGCCACUCACAAAAAGAUGCUGCAGGAUGCAUUCAGUCUGUUGGCGUAUUCAGACCCCUGGAACUGCCCAGUGGGCCAGCAGUUGGACCCCAUGCAGAGAGAGGCAAUCUGCUCCGCUCUCAACAGUGCUAUUCUGGAAUCUCAGAAUUUGCCCAAGCAGCCUCCUCUCAUGCUGGCUCUGGGUCAGGCCACUGAGUGUGUGCAGCUGAUGGCCAGGGUCCGCUCUGGGUCCUGCUCCUUCGCCAGAGUUGACAACUUUUUGCACUAGCCCUGGUCCCCAGGCCAUGUUCGGGACAGCUAAGAAGAGGACUUUCCAAGUGGUUGCUAUGAGGAGAGCACGCGUUUGAAUUGGUGUGUCGCUUGCCGUUUGCCAGAAGCAGCCGAGCAGAACGAAUAGAAACAUGAGAAGAGAGGCUUCUUUUUAAUUUAGUAUUAUCAAAUACAAAUUGUGUGACACUAUUUAAAGCGAAUUAAUUAUUCUGUUUAUCUAGUCAUUUUUAUUUUAGUUUAUAUUUUGUCAGUUUGUUGUGCUCAUCAUGAAACAAAUCAACUUCCCAAUUAUUUUGUCAAGGGUGAAUUCAGUGCAUAGUAUUUCAUACCAUAUCGAGAACACUCAUAAUGGUAAGUUCCUACUGAAUAAGAGCUACAUCCUCGGGUUUCUCAGUCAGAGCUCAGGUAUUUAAAAGAAUGUUUUGUCUUCAAGAGUGCGAUAUUCGCAGAAACAGAUGUUGCUUUACCAGACCAUACUGUGGUUUUUAAAGCAGGUCCUUUUCUACGUACAAGCAAAUUUAGUUUUGGGUCGACUCAACCGUAUCCGCCCCUUUAUGAAACUGAUACUGCGCAUAAGGGAGUUCCUGUGUUUAUGUUGAAGGGUUGAGAUGAUGCAUGGCUCCUGGCAUCUCGCCUUUUAAGCUUCCUUACUAUCUGAGACACCAGCACGAGAUUCAUUAGACACAAUCACACAGUGACUACGCAAACUUGGGUCCAAUGUAGGUGAAUUAUAUUUCGAACUUUUCCCAAAAUGAUCUAUUUUACUGAUGUUUUAUCAUCUUUAUCGCAGUAAGUAUCAUGCAAAUAGUUUACUUUUUAAGUUAUAGGUAUAUAUGAAAUUAACGUGAUUUUCUGGUUUUUGUGGAUGUACCAAAUAAAAACAAACGUACAUUAAGGUCAGUGGUUUGGUUACCGACAUGAGGCUUGCGAGCUAUCUUCUUAUACUGCUUCUGUAAGUUUUAUACCCGUGUGAAUAGUUUCACUGUGUUGAUAGCCCUGUUAGAUUUCUGACCACAGGCUGACACCGUUUCAACAUUUGUUAUUGGUUGUUUCAUUGGCUGUUACAUGUUCUAGUUUCAUUUCCAUUGGAUGCACUGUACUUCAAAGAAAGCAUGUGGCGCAUUACUGUAUCCGUCUACCUCUCCUCUUCAGUAAUGGAGGGGCAGAAAACUUGCAACAUGCAAGAGAUUUUGAAUGACCUUUGGUUCCUCAGAAAACGCUAACAAAACGUGUAUUUAUUUAGUAAUUAGAACAUCUCCUUAAAUCACAGUUGUCUUUGACCUACAACUUCACCGCAACCUCAUAUCAGUGCUGUUUUCUUUCUUGGCCCUUCUAAGUGUGAUAUUAACAAUAGCUCAGGCACUUAAUGCUAAUUUUUAUGUCUUUUUAGCAGCCUGUGUUUUCUUUUGGUUGUGGCGUCACUCCCCUCAACUCUUUUUUUCAAACAAAUGGUCCAUGAAGGAAGACUGUCCUGACAAUCCCACACGUCGACCCAGCAUUUCAGUCAGCCAGCGCGCCGUCGUGGUGUUGAAUGUAGCUUAGCCGAUUUUAGUCUAGUUUUAUUUUUCACGUUUUGCUGCUGGCCGUUAUGAGAUUGUUUGUUACAUUCCCUUACCUACACCUGCUUUCGUGAGUUCAGUUAUACCUCAUUUAUUCUUUGGACUGUGCUGUCAAGCUUGUUGUAUCAUGUCAGGUCUUCAAAUAGAAAGUCUGUGCAGUGCAGUAACUAUAUUGGUUGACCUGAUGGUCUGGUAGGUCACAGAGGUCACGAGGUCCCACUUACAUGCUCCUCAGUAUCUAAAAUAAACGCUUUCGUCUUUGGACCUACAUUAUAAAAAUAAUGCAAGGUUACAAACACAGACGGAACAUUACGCCCCACCAUUUAUGUCUAUUGACACAGCCUGAUCCCCAGUAUUGUUAGUCGCUGUAUUGAAACAUUUCACUUAAGUUGAUCCAGCUGAUCAUUAAGUGGUGGUUUCUUGUUGCAUGGGGACAUCACGUGUACUUUUUCCUGUCGGAGUUUGAUACAAUAUGGCAGAACAGCUCGUACACCUACUGACCUGUAAGUUUUAGAUCUUGGGGCGGCUUUUUAAUGCCAAAUGUUUUGGAACUCGUCUUAGUCUAACUAAAAUGUGUGUAAUGUCAUUUUAAAAAUGAUCCACCUUUAGAACUUAAUACCGGCUUUAAAUAGGGACCUGCGUACAUAUGCGGAAGGGACGAAAGUAGCUAAAAUCCUUCUCAUCGAGACGCAGUGAUAUUCCUGUCUCCAGUGACGUGGGGCGGGAGAGAUGUAAUGGAUUACAGCAAGCUGUGCACAGUUUAAUUUUAUUAUGAUUUUAAGUUGAUUUGAGUUUUAUUUUAGCAUUUGUGAAAUGAGUUACCCUCUACUUAGCAUGAACCUUUAAAACAACAUAAAAAAGAAAAACAAUAAAAAUAAGAAAAAAGAGACAUACCUAUGUACUGGAAACAUAAUACAGAAAUAUUGUACUCAUUUAAUUUUGACAGAAUUAUUUUUAUUAAAAUACACAUCCAUGA